AUGGCUUUGAGUUGUACAGCAAGAGCUUUGAAGUUUUCACUGUUCGUCUUCAAUCUCGUAUUUCUGUUAUGCGGUAUUGUUUGCGUAGGAAUUGGCACAUGGCUGAUCCUCGACAAGUACGCCAUCGACAAUAUUGCCUUUGCGACGGCACAAAUCAAGGGCUAUGAAGAGGAUGCUGGACUGAGAGAUCUAGCAACUAAACCAACGGCAGUCCGUCAAAUUGGAUACUUGCUGUUGGCAGGUGGCUUACUCGUCAUUUUUGUUGCAUUUCUGGGAUGCUGUGGAGCAGCUAAGGAAUGGCGGCCACUUCUGUGCUGUUACGCCACUUGUCUCAUGGUUAUCCUGGCGACCGAGAUUGCAGCCGCCAUUUAUGCAGCAAUGCAUAGUCACAUGUUUGAAAACGACUUUCGCGAGAUUCUUCGAGCGUCACUACGGUUAUAUAAUGGAACUGACACGAAUCCUAAGAAGAACGUCGAUGGGAUGCUGAUGAAAACGGCUUGGGAUAAACUUAUGAUAGAGAAAGACUGCUGCGGUGUUGACUCAAAAAUUGGAGAGUUUAACGAGUCUGGAUGGUUUCAACUUACAAAAGGCCGUUAUAUGUUUCCUCCGGCCUGCUGUCCUCCCGACUCCGACGGAAAGCUCACACCCAUUUGUAAUCUUAUUUCACGGCAUAGAGAUGGAUGUUACGCUAAAAUCGCCGAGUCUUUCCAAGAGCUUACAUCACAUUUCAAAGUUGUUUCGUGGACUGUGGUGUUAAUUGCUUUGAUACAGGUGUUUGGAAUAAUCGUGGGUUUCUGGCUUUGUGACUCAAUUACGUCCGAGGACGACUUAUUCUAA